AUGUCAAAGGCAAUUCAAACAGAGAGAAAUACGUCAGCAGAUGCACCAAGAGCAUCUGUGGCGUUGACCAAUAAUAAUAAUAAAUUAGUUGGAGCAGGUCACGGUCAAGGUCACGGUCACGGUCACGUUUUAGGGGCGAGUGCGGAUGAGGACUGGUCAGUUAUCUCGUCCUCGUCCGACUUUGAUGAUGAUAGAUCAACCACUAGCUCCACUGCACAAUACCUUCUCAUCAACGAUACUGGCAGUUAUGGUUCAGAUGUUGACAAUAGCACUGCUUUUAAAAUUCCUAAAAUCAUUGACGGAGUCAAUUACGCAAAUCUGAAAGAAAGUGAGGAAAAAAGUAAGGUACGUGGUGGGAAUGGAGGUUCUGGUGGUGCUGUUGGAAGUAGUAGUGUUGGUAACUCCAAUCACGAGUCCUCCUCAAUUUCUCCAUCAACAGCAUCAUCCAACUUAAACCUGGACUCUGUAAUCAGUGAAGAAUCAACUCCCUCGGCUGAUGUUGGUUCCAAGAUCAAAUUCUUUGAGAACUUGAACCAUUUUAAUGCGUCUAUGAUGAAAAAGUCAAGCGAUUUUUAUACAAACUAUGCAAAGGCCAAAGUUGAACAAUUGAAUCAAUAUAUAAGCGAGCAGAGCUCCUUUCAUGAUAAGGAAAAGAAUGGAAGACCAGCACAAAGAAAUAGUGUUGGUACAGAAGACUUGGAGGACACUAUUGAAUUGGACUCUAAAAACCGUUUGAGUUUAUCAAAUGCCAGUGAUAAAGAUUACAAGACUGGUACACCAAACAUCGCCACUAACACCACACUUGGUAUCAAUGAUAAUGGUAUUGGUAAUGGUAAAGAUGAUAAUGAUGAUAAUGGUAAAGAUGAUAAUGAUGAUAAUGAUCUGGAUCAGUUAAUCCAGUUUUUAUUGGAUAAUCCACAUUAUGCUGAUAACUUUGGUAAACAAGAUGAGGCAAGAGACAGAGAAAAAAUGUUGAAAAAGGAAGAAUUGACAAGAACAAGAAAGCAACAGCAAACUAAGAAUAAAAGAUUUGCCAACAAUGAGUAUUUCCGCACCCCUUAUUUGUCAUUCUUGUCAAUAUGUCUUGUCAUAAUCUGCUUAACAUUUGCAGCAAGUGGUUUAACAUACUAUUAUAUUCAGUGCUUCUCGGCAAAAAAACCUUUAUCCACCUUUGAUAAACUUGUUGAUCUUUUCGAUAGCAUCAUUUACGAAAAUAAUAUUGAUAAUACCAACUGUAAAGGGUUCUGGACAUUUGGCAACAAAAAAGUAAAGGUCAACAAGUUUGUAAAACAUACCAAUGCUUUGAAAAGUGCUUUGGAAAGUGCAUUGUCACAGAACAUUAACAAUCAUGAAUUGGUCAAAUCUUUGAACAAGAGAUACAAAUUUAUUACCGCUCUGGUUGCAAAAGCAUGGAAUGAAGGAAAAGUAUAUGCGCUUUCGGUAGAUCAUGUAUUGAAAUUUUGGUCUAUAAAUCCCCAUCUUGGCUUUGCAAAAGCUGCUUCAAAAGUAACAAAAGCUGUAACAGGUAAUUUUACAAAAGCGAGGAUAGUUUCCCAUGAAUGGAUGAAAAUGGGAGCAAAAAAUAUACAAACCUUGGCAUACAUUACCAAGGUUCAAACCAAAAACAUACAAGAUUUUGUUGAUCUGUCGCUUUUCCCAAAAGCAACGGCUUUGCUGAAAGCCGCAUUCAAUGUUUUAAAGGAUCAAAAGGAUCCUGCAAAGCGAUGGCUUAAAAUCGCUAGUCUUGCUAGUGCCAAAUUGCUGAAGGCUGUUGUUGUAAAACUGAAUGCAGCUUAUAACUCAAUAUCAACAAUCUAUGCCACCCAAGUGCCAAGAAUCAAGGCCGGAGUACGGUUGCUGUCCAUCAAGAUUUACAAACACGUUCCUGAGAUUAAGCUGGCUUUAUCGCAGUUGAUAACCCCAUUCUGGAGACAGCAAACCACUACUUCUGAUAUAAUUGUUAGGCAAAUGCCAAGUUGA